AUGUCACAGAGAAAGGACAGCUGCAAAGGGCAAGCUUCAAGGAUGGACUCAAUGGGCUUAUCCAGGAAGACAGCAGAAUUCUCCCUGGACAAAGAGUACGUGAUCCUGGAUUUUCCAAUCACUUCUGUCCUGAGUGGCUCAGGUGGUAAAGAAUCCAGCUGCAGUGUGGGAGACCCGGGUUCAGUCCCUGGAUUGGGAAGAUCCCCUGGAGAAGGGAAAGGCAACCCACUUCAGUAUUCUUGCCUGGGGAAAUCCCAUGGACAGAGGAGUCUGGUGGGCUACAGUGUAUGGGGCUGCAAAGAGUCAGACACGACUGAGCAACGAACACUUUCACACAAACUCCACUGA